UACAGGACUUAUUACAAAUUCUGAAAAGAGCAAUUCAUUCUCCAGCUUGCUUGCCUAAUGAAAAUGAAAACACUGUUUGUUCAAUAAUAUGCUCAAGUAUCGAAACUGCGGCUUCAACUCCAGAAGAAAGUGUCUCUGCAAUAUAUAAAGAAACAGUGGCAUCCAUGAAGGAUAAGGGUCUUAAUUUAAUUGAAAAGUUACCGACUUACGACAGUUAUCGACACAUUGCUAUAAGAAGACGAAAAAAAUUUUCAAAGAUUGAUUAUUUAGUCUAUAGGGAUUUGGAAAAAGUUAAAAUACCGCCAGCAUUCGAUGAUUUUCUUUUCGCAGAUUACAACGAUAACAAAAAGAGAAAUAGCCGAAUAUUAAUUUUUGCUUCAGAAAAAGCACGAGAACAUCUCAAAUAUGGGAAAACAUUUUUUGGCGAUGGGACGUUUGAGAAUUGCCCAAGACCCUUUAAGCAACUAUAUGUAGUAUUUUGUGAUUUAGGCAGCAGUGAAGGCACAAAUAAUGUAGUACCGGUGAUUUAUGCACUCCUGCCAAACAAAUUUGGAAAAUCGUAUUCCAUUAUGUUUGAGAUAAUUAAGUCGCAAAUCCCUGAGUGGGCACCGAAUAAAUUCAUUAUGGACUUUGAACCGGCACCUAUAACUGCCAUCAGAAAUGUUUUUCCCGAGAUUAAACUGCACGGUUGUUUUUUCCAUUUUCAGGACAGAUUAAAAAAGAAAGCGAAAAAACUAACGAUUAUAAAACGAAACACUAAAACAAACAAAAUCGUCAGUUUGUGUAUAGUUUUGCCCCUUCUCCCAGAAGCCAAUAUUGAUGAAGGGUUACAUUAUAUACUAAAAGAAAAUAAAGUUAUGGGAAGUAACAAUAAGCUGGAACUAUUCUUAUCUUAUGUUCAAGAUCAUUGGAUGCCGAAGAAAGCUUUGUGGUGCACUUUCGGUGAGCGGCACCGGACAAAUAACGUCUGUGAGGGUUGGAACGGUCAGUUCAACAAAAGUUUAAAAAAAAGACCAACCAUUUUGCAUCUUUUAAAAAUCCUUAAGAAGGAUGCCAUGUUUCACGCUGUUAACGCAGUGACAUCAGAACCUGCAAAAAAACGGUCUAAGCCUGUUGUAGAUAGGAACACUUAUAUUCAGCAUGUUCAAAUGCAGCUAAUUACAGGGGAAAUCGAUGUUCCAUUAUUUAUGGAAAAAUUACGUUAAUUUGUUCUCGAGUUAAUCUCAAAAUUAACUAUAAAUAAAAAUAAAAUUACAUUCAGUUAUUUAUUUUAUUAUAAUAGGUACGAGUAAGAGUACAUAAGCUUUAACAUUUUACUUCAAUGCCGAUGUAACUGUUAGUUGUAUGCAUUCAAUACGCUCUUAAAUAUUUCCACAAUGUCUUCCGUAUGCUCCUUUUCAAAGCUGUCUGCGGUUGUAAUUGCUUCAUCAAUAAUAUUAGUCCACUCUUCCGUGUCCAUGUGCUGCGAACACAGUAGUGUAUCUGGUUGUAAAUAUAAAGAAUAUUUACUG